AUGUUCUUUGCCGAGUAUUCUGUAUUACCAUUGACUCAACCUCUUACCGGUGGAACAGCGCAAACCAAAAUGGCCGAGUUGUGUGAACCACGCGACCCGGAAUUAGCCAAAAAGUCGGUUGCUGGUCUUGGCUUUCUAGCCAAUCGGCAUGACCAACUGCUGCGCUCCGAAAGGCUCAUGGGCUUUUUUUCACGCCUUCUCACUGCUGGCCGCCUAAAUGGCACUGGGGACAUCAUCAGUAAUGGUGCAGCUUUAAUCGGGAAAGCUGCAGCCGAACUUCAAUGUAUUCUUUUGAAUGGCCUUAAUAACUUCUUGUUAGACGGUGAAAAACGUAUGCAUUCUGAUUCUGCAAGAUGUGAGUUAUAUGCCUAA